AUGAAGACAGGCAACUUCACUCUUGUGAUUGAAUUCACCCUCCGGGGUUUUUCUGAAGUACAGGGUCUUCAGGUCUUAUUUUUCACUCUCUUCCUAGCCAUUUACCUCUUGGCCUUGCUCGGGAACACCAUCAUACUUCUGACGAUCCGCCUGAGCACUCAGCUCCAUUCCCCGAUGUACUAUUUCCUCUCUGAACUGGCCCUUUUAGAUGUCUGUUAUGCUACUUCCACCGUCCCAAAGAUGCUUGCUGGCUUCAUUGGUGGCCCCCAAAGAAUUUCCUACCAAGGUUGCAUGGCUCAGCUCUAUUUCUUCCACUUUUUGGGGGGCACGGAGGGCUUCCUCCUCACUGUUAUGGCAUUUGACCGAUAUGUGGCCAUAUGCAACCCCCUCCGUUACACUAGCAUUAUGAGAAAGACGGUUUGCGGCCAGUUGAUAUUUGGAACAUGUCUUGUGGGAACCUUCCAUUCCAUAAUUCAGAGUACACUCACUUUCCGGCUCCCUUACUGUGGCCCCUAUGAGCUCGAACAUUACUUCUGCGAUGUCCCACCUUUGCUCAAGGUGGCCUGUGCCGACACAUCUCUAAAUAAAGUUGUCAUCAUGGUCAACGUUGGUGUGGUGGCCCUUGGUUGCUUCCUGCUAAUCCUGGGAUCCUACAUCCGUAUCGUCACCACCAUACUCAGGAUGCGCUCUGAGGAAGGGAAGAAGAAAGCCUUCUCCACCUGCACGGCCCACCUCAUUGUGGUCCUGACUCUCUAUGUGCCGUGCGUCCUCAUAUACCUGCAACCAGCCACGACCAACUCAGUUCAGAAAGUGAUGGCUGUUUUCUACACAGCCAUCACUCCUGCGCUAAAUCCACUAAUCUAUUCCUUGAGAAGUGAAGAAAUCAAAAAGGCAUUGAAGAAACUUGUAUAUGGACAGGUGUUACCUUGA